CACCAGGCGCCUUGGGGACAGCAGGGAAGGACAAAGCAGAGGUGGAGAGGUGGACGGGACCAGCCCCCUCCCCUCCUACAGCGUCGCUCCGCCCCGCUCCCCGCCCCGCAAGCCCCCAGGCUCCGAGCCCGCGGGGCCCCAGCCCCAGUCCUCACCCCAGGCGGCCGCGGCUUGCGGACCCGAGCGCGGGCGCGAGACUGCGCGGAGGGAGGGGGGAAGCGGCCCACCCCGCCGGGAUGCUCGGGCCCCAGCCGGGCCGGAACUGGCCGAGGGGGGCGUGAUCCCCGCCGCGGGAGCGCCGGGCCGGGCGGGGGCGGCCGCGCCAGGUGGAUCCCGUCUCCGCCCCCGGCCUGCGCGCCGCCGGGUGCAGGAAGCCCUGCGGCUCGGGGCUGGGGUCAGAGCGCGCCAGCCGGGCGGGCCGAGGCGGCCAGGGCCGGGAUCCCGCCCCUCCGGCCCGGUGCUCGGAGGACGGCUCCGGCCCGCCUGCUGCCCCGGGGUCCGGCGGGCCGAGCGCCAGGCCGGCCGCGGGCGAGCCUCAGUGGGCGGGGAGCUCCGUGUCAUCCCCCAUGAUCCGCCUGGAGAAAACGGGAAUAAAGCCGUCAGAGCGCCUGGCCAGCCCGCGGGGGUGCCCCCAGCGCCAGCCAGGCCCCGCCUCUGGACCCCGCCCACCCUUCCUUCCUCCUCUGAGCAAGAUGUCCACCGAGAGCUUGGCACCGGGCCCCCGGCCUUGAGUGGGACGCUGAGCCCCCCGCGGCGCACCAUGGGCAACGCCAGCGCCGACAAUGCCUCCGUGCUCGGCUGCGUCAUCGACCACACCAUCCACCAGACCCUGGCGCCGGUGGUCUACGUGGCCGUGCUGGUGGUGGGCUUCCCCGCCAACUGCCUGGCCCUCUACUUCGGCUACCUGCAGAUCAAGGCCCGCAACGAGCUGGGCGUGUACCUGUGCAACCUCACGCUGGCCGACCUGUGCUACAUCUGCUCGCUCCCCUUCUGGCUGCAGUACGUGCUCCAGCACGACGACUGGUCGCACAGCGAGCUGUCGUGCCAGCUGUGCGGCAUCCUGCUGUACGAGAACAUCUACAUCAGCGUGGCCUUCCUCUGCUGCAUCUCCAUCGACCGCUACCUGGCCGUGGCGCACCCCUUCCGCUUCCACCAGGUGCGCACGCUGAAGGCGGCCGUGGCCGUGAGCGUGGGCAUCUGGGCCAAGGAGCUGCUGGUCAGCGUGUACUUCCUGCAGUACCCCGAGGUGGUGGAGGAGGGCCCCAGCCGCCACCGCCUGUGCUUCGAGCACUACCCGCUGCUGCCGUGGCAGCGCGCCUUCAACUACUACCGGCUGCUCGUGGGCUUCCUCUUCCCGCUCGGCCUCCUGGCCGCGUCCUACCGCGGCAUCCUGCGCGCCGUGCGCCGCAGCCACGGCACCCAGCAGAGCCGCAAGGCGCAGAUCCAGCGGCUGGUGCUCAGCACCGUGGUCAUCUUCCUGGCCUGCUUCCUGCCCUACCAUGCGCUGCUGCUCGUGCGCAGCGUCUGGGAGCGCAGCUGCGCCUUCGCGCGCCGCGUCUUCGACGCCUACCACUUCUCGCUGCUGCUCACCAGCCUCAACUGCGUGGCCGACCCCGUGCUCUACUGCUUCGUCAGCGAGACCACCCACCGGGACCUGGCGCGCCUGCGCGGGGCCUGCCGCGCCCUGCUACCCUGCGCUGCCCGAGGGGGCCGCGCCCGGGAUGCGCCCCCGCUGGGCACCCCCGACGCCGUGGGCCCCGGCCCCGGCCCCGGCCCCGGCGGCGAGGACCCCGAGGUCCUGGCCAAGCUCCACCUGCCCUUCCAGGGCCCGCACUCGGGGGGAGCGGCGGGGACCGCGCUCACGGCCGGCCUGGGCUAGCCCCCCGGAGGCCGCGUGGACACGGGCAGCUCUGCCCAGGGCGGGGCGGGGUUCCUCUGUUGGCUGCGGGGAGCCGUGGACCUCAGCGCCCUCCCCACGCCCAGGGGGGCUGUGGGUGGGGGCUGUGUGUGGAGGGGGGGACAAGCCCCCUCUGCUCCCGGGUGCCGCUGCAGGACGGAUGAGGAAGCUUCCUCCGGCGGGUUUUUUUUAAAAGGGGGAAAGUGGAGGAGGGGCGCAAAGUCCCGGGCGGGUGGGGUACCCGGGGGCCCCUCGGUCCCAGGACACCCAGCUUACCUGAGCAGAGGAGGCUCGACCCCCAGCGGGAAGAACGUGAGUGGGGCUAGGAGGCUGGGUGGGAGGAAGGAAAGUGGGGAGUCUGGGGCUCUGGGAGGGCACCUAUUCCCCCCCACACGUGGGGGUGGGGAGAGAGAAUAAAAGACACCCAGUGCCAUCAGGGGAGGGGAACAGUGCGCCAGAGUCCCGGGGUUCCCCUGUGGGGGCUGAAGGUCAGGACCCGCAGCAUCUCGGUGCCCCCGUCAAAUUGGCAUCUGCCCACAGCACCAGACCGGAAGCUGUGUCCCCAGGAUGGGAGAGAAGGGGGCUCCUCCCCUCCUUUUAGAAGCGGCGGUGGCCCCCGGGGUCCUGUGGAUCCCGGAGGCUCUCAGUGCCCCCCUAUGGCUGGGUCCAGGAGGCCUGGCUGGCACAGACCUGGCUGGCACUGACCGGGCCCCUCUCUCUGGUUGCCCACGCUGAACCGGACCGUGGAGAACGGGCCGUGGACCUUCCUGCUCUUUGGGGGGCCGGGCCCCCUCAACCCCUCGCUGCUCCCUUAGAGCUCAGGGGCCAGUGCUGAAGUCCCUCAAAGGCUUGGGAUCGGCUGAGCUCCAGCCCGGGGAGGGCCCCGGGCAGGUUGGGUGGUGGGGGGCAUUACUGGAAUGUGCUGGAAGGCGGGCCAGAGAGGGCUCUUCCUCGCUCUGCCCUCUCCUCGCUUUCCACUCCAAGAGGUCGAUCCCUCCCCCCACCCCCAGCUCUGCGAUUAGGGGUGCCAGAGGCAGAUACCCCCAGGCGGGGCGUGCCCCAGGAAGCUCUGGGACUGGGGAGUCCGACCUCCGUGGGUGGUCUCUGUCCUAGCUCCAUAAGCUGCAUCUCCGAUAACUUGGGGCCACCCUCUCCCCCACUCCUGGGGAAGGAAGAGGCCGGGUCUCUCGGGGCGGAAGUGGCCCUAGGGCCCAGCGUCCCGGCCCUGGGUGACGGUGCCCCUGCCUCGUCAUGCUGUGGUGUUGCCCCCGUUCAGCCCUGCGGAGGGGCGGGGCGGGGCGGGGCUGUUCAAGUUCACUCUGGAGAGCUGUAUUUUCGUCUUACCCUGUGCUGGAGGCCAAGUGCACGCAUGCCGGGCUGUGCCAUGUGCCAGCGUGAGCACGUGUCAUGGAGCCAGUGUGAACCUGCAAAUAAAGCCGAGUGACCAGCCAC